AUGGCAGAAACUAUCGUCUCUGCUAUUGCUGAGAAAGUCUUGGGUAUGCUAUCAUCCCUUGCUUCCAGUGAAAUGGGCUUGGCAUGGGGUGUCAAAAAUGAUGUGCAAGAGCUUAUUGACACCUUAACCACUAUCAAAGCUGUUCUCUUAGAUGCUGAGGACAAACAGAUCCACAAUGAGAAGCUGAAAGUUUGGCUAGGAAAGCUUAAGGAGAUCUGUUAUGAUGCUGAAGAUGUUUUAGAUGAGAUUGAGGUGGAAGAUUUGCGCAAGCAAGUUGUGAAUCGUCAGGGCAUUACAAGAAAGGUAUGCCACUUCUUUUCAUCCUCAAAUCCAGUUGCUUUCCGCUUUACUUUGGGGCAUGAAAUUAAGGAGAUUAAAAAGAGGUUAGCAAAAAUAGCAACUGAUAAGGAUAGUUUUAAUCUCACUGAGAAAGUUGAUAGCAAUCAUGUUAUAGGUUGGGAGAGGGAAACUCACUCAUUUGUGCAUGCUUCAGAUGUCAUUGGUAGGGAUAAAGAAAAAGAGAAGAUUAUGAAACUAUUAUUAUGUCCUAGAGAUAGUCAUGAAAUUGUUUCUAUCAUUCCUAUUGUUGGCAUUGGAGGUCUAGGAAAAACCACACUUGCCAAAUUGGUAUAUAAUGAUAAAAUGGUAGACAGAUAUUUUACGUUGAAAAUGUGGAUAUGUGUGUCAGAUGAGUUUAUUUUGAAAAAACUAUUAAUUGACAUCAUCGAAUCUGCAAUUGGCAAAAAAUAUGUUGACAAGAGUAUUGACCAAUUGCAAAAGAUCCUACAUCCUAUCUUAAUCGAUAAAAAAUAUUUAUUAGUUUUGGAUGAUGUUUGGAAUGAAGAUUAUGGGAAGUGGGUUGAAUUAAAAAAUUUAUUGAUAGAAUGUGUUAGUGAAAGUAAAAUUAUCGUAACUACACGUAGUGAUCGUGUUGCCUCAAUUAUGGGCACUAUACCUACAUACAAGUUAGAAGGUCUUUCUCUUGAUGAUUGCUUGUUAGUGUUUGUUAAAUAUGCAUUUAAAGAAGGGCAAGAAAAGCAACAUCCAAAUCUUAUGGAAAUUGGAAUAGAAAUUGUGAAAAAAUGUGGAGGUGUUCCAUUGGCAGUAAGAGCGUUAGGAAGUCUACUUUAUUCCUCAACUUCUGAACAAGAUUGGAAAAAUUUGAGGGAUAAUGAGAUUUGGAAGUUGGAUCAAAAAGAAAAUGACACUUUAAAUUCUCUAAGAAUAAGUUAUAAUCAUCUGUCACCUCACUUGAAACAAUGCUUUCUUUAUUGUUCUAUUUUUCCAAAAGACCAUCCUUUUGAUAGUAUUGAAUUGGUUAAAUUUUGGAUAGUCCAUGGGCUUCUUCAAUACCACAAUGAAAAUCAAGAUUUGGAAUAUAUUGGUAUGCAAUAUAUAAAAGAAUUAAUGUUGAGAUCUUUUUUCCAAGAUAUUGAUCAAAUUUAUGAGAAUAUGUACGGUUUAAAAUUCAUGAUCUCAUGCAUGAUCUUGCCACAUCAUUGA